AUGAGGUUUAAAUGGAAGAAAUCUUUCAGGUUGAUAACAACAUGUUCAGUGGUUUUCAUUAUACUUUAUAGACUAAGUAACAAUAAUAGGAAACAGCUGUUUGAACUUUAUUAUAAGGAAGAUUUUAACCUAUUACAUAAUGUAAGAGUUCGCUACAGUAGACUGAAUGUUUCUAAACUGAUAACUUAUACAGACAACACGAAGACUUUGGAUGAUAUGUUUUUAAAUGUUACAAGCACUUGUGAAGGGACAUUAUUUCCAUCUCAUCUUUCACGGAAAGAAUCUUGGCGUGCAGUGAACAGAAAUAGCACAGCGUAUGUAUUUGCUGCCUAUCUUGUAGAUACGAAAAAUGAAAUAGUGAUUGUUGGUAUAAAAGACGGAAGAGCCUCAGACUACUAUUGUCAGUUUUGGAAACGAAAUUUCGGGAAUCAAAACUUGAAAAUGGAAGAGAAAACUGCACGUGUAAUAAUACUUCCGGAAGGGCAUUCUCACAGAUAUACGGCAGUGUUGUUCCAGUGCAAGGUUUCCCCAUCCAUGGAACUUCCUACGCAUGUUUCGAUAGUGGACAGAAGCUGUGAGACACCCAUGAACCUUCUCGAUAUUCAGAUUUUAGGGAAAUCAAGCGCAUUUAAACAUAGGUUUACAGUUUGUCUCACGCCGCUUAAUUUUCGAUAUAACCGUGCUUAUGAAAUAAUAGAAUGGAUAGAACUAAACAGACUUCUUGGAGCAGACAAAUUCAUUGUUUACAAUUAUUCUUCCGCCAUUAAUUUAGCACAUGUGCUGGAGUACUACUCAAAACGAGGCUUAACGGAAGUAGUGCAAUGGAACUUACCGGUAGGUGUAGAUACAUGGCCAAGAGAGUAUAAACCAGUUGAGAUACAUUAUUUUGGCCAGAUUGCCGCAUUACAUGAUUGCCUAUAUAGAAAUAAAGGCGUCUCGGAGUUUAUUGUAAAUCUCGAUGUUGAUGAAUUUAUUAUUCCACAUGGUGAAAAUGUAACGAGCUGGACUGAAAUGUUAACACAGCUAAAACACGAUUCAAAAGUUUAUAUAUUUAGAAAUACAUUCUUUAAAAAGGAAUGGAGUAACGCAGGCAUAGAGAUACAAAAUAAAUCAUUAGUGGAUAAACUACAACUUGUAACACUUCAGAAACUGCAGCAUGAAACACAGAUAUCUCCACCAAAUCAAAGGUCAAAAUAUUUUGCAAAGAGUGCUGAAGUAUCUAAGGUUAUGAUACAUGGAGUUCCAGGGGUUUCGCACCUGGUCGUACCGAUAGAAAUCGGACUUGUACAUCAUUACAGAGACUGGGAAACACGAAAUGACCCUCCGAAUGUUAAAGUUCUAGACAGAACUGUACCUCAAAAAUUUGGUCAACUGUUGAUCAAGAAGGUGAAAACUGUUAGGGUAGAGUUAAAUGCAAGUGCAUAUUCGAUACAAUAG